AUGGUUUCGUUCCCAUAAUAAAUAGAAUUAAAUUAUUUUCCUUAAGAUAUUGAAUGCUUUUACAAAAUAGGAACUACAGAACAUUUAAGCACACCUUGCGAAUAUAACAGUAAAUGCGAAGUUUAUAUUAAAGUAAGAAAUAUAGUUAAAGGAGAAUCAAGCGUAGCAAUAGGUCCUAUCUAAAAUCCAAAUAACAUAUCUGGCACAUCGUUUUUCAGGUUAUGUAUCUUAUACAAUGACUAUGCAACAGAAUGUAAUGAUUAGUUUGGAAAAGUUUAUUUUGGAAGAAAACCAGGUAAAGAUAUAUACAAAUUUUAAACAUAGCUAAAUAGUAUUAAUACACAUAUUCAAAUGUAUAAAAAUUGA